AUGGCACCGAUACGUUACAGUUUACACUAUGAGGAUUAUUCUGAGCACUUAAUGUCAAGGUUCGGAAAACUCUUGCAAAUGCAGUCGCUUGUGGAUAUGACAUUAAUGUGUAGUUCUCACACUUUACGAGUCCACAAGGUUGUUUUAGCAGCAAGUAGCGCUUAUUUUCAAGAUGUUCUGCAGAAGCAAAACGGAGAACCGCUUAUUAUCUUAAAAAUGCGGUUCGGCGUUAUGAAGUGUUUGGUUGAGUUUAUGUACUGUGGAAAGACACAAUGUCCAGAAGAGAAUUUAGAUGAAUUAGUGUCGGCAGCGCAAUUUCUUAAAAUCAAAGGCUUAUCAAAAGUUACUAAAGAAGGACUUGGUAUAACCAAUACUAGCGAACUACCCGUGUUUACACCUCCUGUAGUGAUCAAUCGUCCGCCUCAAUCUCUUAUCGACUUGCAUGUUCAGGAGACACCUGAAGUAAAACCGGUGAAUGAAGCGCCACCCAUUCCGCCGAAAAGUUCGGAUAAUAUAAAUCCUAACGAUACAGUCGUUCGUAUCCCAUUCGAUAUAGAAAACAAGGGAAUGAGUCCUUCGGAAUACGAUCUACGUUCUGUUCGUCCAAGACGUGGCCGACCAAGUCUUCGAACUGGCACUUGGGAAAGUAAUGGAGUAUUGGGGCGAGCUGCUGAACGAGCAUUAUUAAGAAGAGAACAGGAUUCACGAAAAGCUAUAAAUCAUUUAAAAAGCUUACAAAGUCGACAAAUGCAGGAUUACAUGGAUAAAACUUUAACCCAAGCGGUGAGCAGCAUUUGUGAACCGGAAUCUACGUCCCACAAUUAUAUGAACAUGGAUUCGGACCUUAUUUAUAUGGACCAAGCUGUCACUUCGGAUAUAUUAGAGCCCCGUAUCUCUUUCUCAAAAGAGCAUUCCAUAGGAAAUGAAAACUUAAGCUCUUACUCUUCAAAUGCCGAUAACGAAGCCAAAAAAGCGGAUUCUGGCAUCGGCAAUGCUAUGUCCCAAUAUGUUAACGCUUUGAAGAAUGCCGGACUUCCUACUGACUUACCUAUACUUUUUGAAUCUGGCGACGGUUCCUACAUCAAUGUCAACGAGCAAGUCCUCCUCGACAUGGUCCAAAGCAAUGAAAUACAGUACGAAGUUAUUGAACAACCUAACAUUAUUGAAAAGGUUGCCGAUCCCAGUGAAAUAAAAAGUAUUGAUGAUUUAUCCAAAUCUAUAGAACGCGGAGAAAUGCUCAUUGGAUCUAACAACUUUGCUUCGAGUAGUAACUUCGUAGAUAAAACCAACAUUGCGCACGAAGAUGCAAUAAACAGUUUAAACGUUUUACUGCCAGAUAGCUUAGAAUCGUUUAAUGAAAACCAAAACUACGUUGUCUUAGGAAGCGGUCUACAAAACAAUAAUGGCACAAUUGAACGUGAGAAUACAAACGACUUUUCUUGCAUUGAAAAUGAUAUGCAGUUUUUUACGAAAUCUAUGAGUGAAGACGUUAAAAAAUAUUAUCAGGAUCAAACACUCAAUGAUUCCAGGGAAGAUUCAAUUUGUCCUGCAAGUAGUUCUUUAGAUACAGGCUUUAACAUGUCCUUGUUGGAUACGAAGAUUUCGCACAUCAGCGAGGGAAUGUCUCAGCAAUACAAUUCACUCGAUUCUGAACGUAAUGAUGAUUGUUAUGACUUCAGUUUGCAACUUUCGCAAACGGCGCCUUUUAAAGAAGAUGAAAUCGAUUGCUUAAUUUCAAAACCAGCGAAUACUGAAAGAUACACUGAUGCAAAUAAUGCAAAUUCUAUUCAAGAGCAAGAUGAAAUAAUGAAGGAUUUAAUGGAUUUAGAAAGUAAUAUACAUACAAUCCAGAAUGAUUCUGAUGCUAUUUUAGUUAAACAUAAAGAUUCUGAACGAAAUAUCGAUUUUGAAAGUAUUAAUUCUGUGUUUAACGAUAAACCUGGUGGUAACAACGAAAACGUAAAACUUGAAAUAAAUGAUGAAUUCCCAUCAAAUAUCUCAUCAGAUUUAGAAUGGGACAAAGAAAAUUCACAGUCCACAGUGUUAGAUUCCAACAUUGUUGCCACAAACACUACGUUGAAACCAAAAGAAUGGAUGCAAACCGAAGAAAAAGAAAAUCUAACAUGUUCUAUUAACGAUACAAAAACCUUAAAUGAAGAUAUACCCUACGCGGUCGGGCUUUUGCCUUUGAAGCCACAAGCACUAUCGACGGAAGAUAGUACUUCCAGUAAAAGAAAAGUAAAAAACGAUAACUUGUGCAAUGUAGAUGCUCCAUGUUUAAAGCGAAAGGCUAAACAUAAAAAUUUAGUGUAA